UCUCGCAGCAUUUUUAACCCUUCACCUUUGGUAAUUGUUCUACUGGUUGCCUUCAGAAUGAUGACUACAAGCCUCUCACUGGGGUGUUCCCUUUGUGUCUUGCUGGUUGUGGAUAUAUGCAGCCUUCCUCUUGAGAAAGGCUCUAAUCCCAGCACUCAAUACAGGAUAACUAAUGUAAACACUGCAGAUAAUCUUGCCUCAAACCCAAGAGGAACUUUAGCCAACUUAACUCCUGGACUUGUUCCCUACAGCCCUCAAUACAGAGGGGUUCUAGUCCCAGCAUAUGUCAGCUCCAGUGUUUCUCAACCUACUCAGGCUGGUGGAUACACAGCUGACUCUACAUUAACUGGGGACUUAAAUGUUGGUGCUUCCCCCGGUAGCAGUAACACUGCAGAAAUCAACUGGGCUGUCCCACCUCCCAAGCUCAGUGAGGAAUCAUCACCCAACCCUCAAAGCCUUGCCUCUGGCACAGCUGAUGAGCCUGGUGCUCUUCUACCACCAGUACCUGCGUACCAACCAGGAGAGUUGUCCCACUAUGAGAAGGCUGCUGAGGCUGGGGACUACCAGUCGGAGACAGAAGAACUAGGUCGCAGGACUGUCCCAGCUACGAUGGACGCUUUUGCUGCUGCGGGUGGACUGGCAUCCCCAGGCUUUGCCACAGGACAGUUUGGAAUGGGUGGACUGUGGGGUAGUCCGUAUCCAUCCUUUGACUUAUUGUUCCCGACUGGCCAGUACCCUGCGGGCACAGUCAGUCACUUCAGCCAGGACUACGAGCAGGGACGAGACUACUCUCACAGCACUCACUACCUGAAAGACCACCCCUACCCCGGCUUUGCACAGUCAGUGGGGGCUGUUGGAGCAGCUCAGAGCCUUCAGACUCCCAGCUUGUAUGUGAGCAGUCCAGUGGUGGGAGGUUACUACCAGGUUGGAGCACAAAUGGUACCCGCUUCUUCCUACACAGGUGUUACGCAGAUAAAAUACUAGCUGACUCUCAAAGGCAUGAGUACAAGUUUAAUCAAUAAAGUCUUGUGAAAUA